AUGGGAGCCGCGGACUCCAAAGAGAAGCUCGAGGAAGCUGUGCGCGAAAACCGACGGUCCAUCAGCCGGUCGGUCCGCGAGCUCGAUCGAGAGGCCUUGGCCUUGAAUCGCCUCGAGCAGCAGCUUCUCUCUCAGAUUCGAAGUCAGGCAAUUGCUGAGACUGCGGUUCUUAUGAAAGUGAACAAGACGCUGAACUUGCCACAGCUGGAGGGCGUGAUGAACGACUUCAUGCACGAGUCACACCGGCUCGGUCUCCUGGAAGAAAUGAUGACGGACGUGAUCGACAACGCGACAGCUGACACGGAGGAGGAAGAAGCUGAAGAGGCGAUCGUAAACCAAGUGCUGCAUUCUGCGUCUGCUCAUCUCUCUCACAGGCUCGCUGCCGCGCCCCCGCCCUGUCGCCUCGACGUCCCCGUGGCUGUCGGAAGCGCCCCUGUCGCCUGUGGAGCCCAAAGUUUGGAACCGCAGAGGCCCGUUCAAGAAGGGACAGGCCUUCUCCGCAAGCCCCGCUGCGAGCCGCACCGCGUGGGGCUGCCUACCCUCCUCGCCUCAGGGGGCGGCUUUGGAGGGGACACUCGCCUCGGUCCUCAAGGCGCCGUCUGUGAGAUGGAGCGGGAGAUCGAGAAGCGCCUCUUGGACUUGCGGCGCUAG